ACUAACGAAAACGGGCAGUCGUUUGCACAUGUAUGAUUUCGAAACAGAAAGGAAAACAAAGGGCACGCAGCAGGCAAUACACAGCUAGUAGCUAAGCAAAAGCUUGAAAUCAUAGUUGAAAAUGGCGCUGUUUUGGAAACCAGGCACAGAGAAGCCUCCUCUUCUAGACGACGAAGAAGGCGGUGUCGUUUUCUUAUCCUCUUCCGUCUCUUCCUCUUCGUCAGGGUAUGGAUAUGUGAGUAUUGAGAAGCAGAGACAGAGAUUACCGGUGUACAAGUACAGAACAGCGAUUCUGUAUCUGGUUGAGACUCACGCUACUUCUGUUAUUGUUGGCGAGACUGGCAGCGGCAAAACUACUCAGAUUCCUCAGUAUCUUAAAGAAGCAGGUUGGGCUGAUGGUGGACGUCUCAUUGCUUGCACUCAACCAAGAAGAUUGGCAGUUCAGGCUGUUGCUUCAAGGGUCGCUGAAGAGAUGGGGGUCAAGCUUGGAGAAGAAGUUGGCUACACGAUUCGGUUUGAGGAUCUUACAAAUUCAGAUGUAACAAAGAUAAAAUUUCUCACUGAUGGGGUUUUACUUCGAGAAAUGAUGGAUGAUCCACUUUUGACCAAGUAUAGUGUCAUAAUGGUAGAUGAGGCUCAUGAAAGGUCUAUAUCAACUGACAUUUUGCUGGGUCUCCUGAAAAAGAUUCAGCGGCGUCGACCUGAGUUGCGGUUGAUUAUCUCCUCUGCUACAAUUGAAGCGAAAUCUAUGUCUGCUUUCUUCCAAGCCAGCAAAAGGCGUCGAGGACUUGAAGCAGAUGAACUUGGUCCAAGAAAGGAGCCUGCAAUUUUAUCAGUUGAGGGUAGAGGGUUUAAUGUACAAAUUCUUUAUGUUGAGGAGGCAGUUGCAGACUAUGUGCGGGCUACUGUUUCUACAGUGUUGUCAAUUCACGAUCAGGAACCUGCAGGUGAUAUUCUGGUAUUUCUUACUGGUCAAGAUGAUAUAGAUGCUGCUGUUCAGUUGCUGACUGAAGAAGCUCAAGUCAAAGGAAAGAACUCUUCAGGGUUGAUUGUUCUACCUUUGUAUUCGGGUCUCUCACGUGCAGAGCAGGAUCUGGUGUUUUCACCCACUCCUAGAGGGAAGAGGAAAAUAGUUAUAUCAACCAAUAUUGCUGAGACAUCAUUGACUAUGGAGGGCAUUGUCUAUGUUGUUGAUAGUGGAUUCUCAAAACAGAGGUUCUACAAUCCGAUCUCUGAUGUCGAAAAUCUGGUUGUGGCACCAAUUUCUAAGGCAUCUGCUAGACAAAGAGCUGGUAGAGCCGGAAGAGUUCGACCUGGAAAGUGUUACAGGUUAUAUACAGAAGAAGAUUUUAUCAACGAAAUGCCCACGCAGGGGAUCCCUGAGAUGCAGCGGUCAAAUCUUGUCUCCUCUGUGAUUCAGCUAAAAGCCUUGGGCAUAGACAAUAUAUUAGGCUUUGAUUGGCCAGCAUCUCCAUCUCCUGAAGCAAUGAUACGAGCACUUGAAGUCCUUUAUUCAUUGGGAAUCCUUGAUGAUGAUGCUAAACUUACUUCACCAGUUGGAUUUCAAGUAGCAGAGAUUCCACUGGAACCAAUGAUCUCAAAAAUGAUUUUAUCUUCCAACCAACUUGGAUGUUCAGAGGAGAUCAUCACCAUUGCUGCUGUUCUCUCCAUUCAGUCUAUUUGGAUUUCUACUAGAGCACAGAAGGAACUGGAUGAAGCCAAAUUGAGGUUUGCAGCUGCUGAGGGUGACCAUGUUACAUUCCUAAAUGUUUACCAAGGGUUUCUUCAAUCUGGAAAAUCUUCACAGUGGUGUCAUAAGAACUUUGUGAAUUAUCAUGCCAUGAAAAAAGUUAUUGAAGUUAGAGAACAACUCAGAAGAAUAGCACUGAGGAUAGGCAUAGUCUUAAAAUCAUGUGAAAGAGAUAUGCUGAUUGUAAGAAAGGCUGUGACUGCUGGUUUUUUUGCAAAUGCAUGUCGUUUAGAGGCUUUCAGUCAUAAUGGGAUGUAUAAGACUGUUAGAGGUUCUCAAGAAGUCUAUAUUCAUCCAUCAUCUGUGUUAUUCAGAGUAAACCCAAAGUGGGUUAUAUACCAUUCUCUUGUCUCUACUGAUCGACAAUACAUGCGAAAUGUUAUAACUAUCGACCCUUCUUGGCUAACGGAGGCUGCACCAAAUUUUUUCCAGCAACAACGCUCAGAUCCUACUGGUCACUAAGAGCCUUCUCUAUUGUUUAAUGGAUGAAUAGGAACUGGAACACAGCUUAGCAAGGCUCUGAUUAUGUUAAUCCUUUGUAAAUAUCAGAUUCAGUCCAUAGUCUUACCAUUAUUUAUUUAAAUUCUCUCUUUUUUCAUAAUUUAACUUUCGUUUUUGCCCA